AUGAAGUUCACCACCACCUUGGGCCUGUUGGCCGCCGCCAGCCAUUACUGGCGUGCCGUCGCCCUGCCUCAGUUCCCCGAUAAUCCUGUCUGCGCUGCCGGCAUCACAUCUGUCGAAGUACAGCCGGUGCAGUUCAUCGUCAGGCAGCCCAUCUACAUCAGCGCCUUCCUGCCAGUCAACACCGUCCUGGUUCUUGAUGAUGGGCUGACCCUCACCAUCACCAACGCGCCCCUUACCUUGGUCACCGAGAUCGACAAGCUGGGAACACUGACUUCCCAAGUCACCAGAAUCAUCGAUCAGGUCUCAUCUAUCCCGAACGCCUAUGUGACCAUCACAAGAGGUGGCCAGGCUGGAUCAGAGGCAAGCACAAUUACAAUCUUCCCCUCGGGCCCUGAUGGCGUAGGAACCUACUUGGUCUUCACACCCUUUGCCAUCACUGCCGCCACCACUGGCAGCAGUGUCCCAGAAACAGCCACUGUCGCGGGCACUCCUCUCGACGCAAGUCGUUUGGUGACCCAGUCUGCGCCAGGCCUGAGCAGCAUCAUCAACCCCGGACCGAGCCCUGCCUCAGCUCCGGUAACAGUCGCUGCUACGGCGUCUGGUGCCGGGGCUCUGCCUCAGAUCUUUGCUACUGUCAACGUCGGUGGUGCCUCGGGAGUGCCCAGGAAUUUUACCGUCAUCGACUCGACUGGAUCUGCGGGUACGGUCUUUGCGCAGACGUUUGACAGCUUCUCAAUCACCGUCACUGGUCCUCAGAACGUCAUCACUGUAUUUGGUAACGCCGGUGUUACGCCCGCUGCUAUCACUUUGCCCAGCAAUAGGCUUGUUUCGCAGACCGGGGCAAAUAACGGAGUCCUCCAGAUCAUUCAGACGGCCGGCGGCGAGGCCGACUUCCUUGCUAGACUCACUACCGUCAGCAUUGCGGGCCAAAACGGCCAGACGGGAACCUUUACACUUAUUCCCACGGCCGGUAGUGUUGGUGCGGUCAUCGUACAGACUGCGGCACCGGCUCUGGCUGGCAUCUUCCAGACGAUCAGCGUUCCCGGAGCUACGCCAACCACGCUUUCCAUCCCGGCACCCCAAGGACAAACUGGAACAGUCAUUGUGCAGACCACGAAUGGCUUCACCGGCCCUGCUGCUGGUCCGUUCACAACCGUUACCGUCGGCGGAGGCCAGGGCGCAAGCCCCGCGACUGUCACGAUUCCUCCCGCUGCCGGUGCCACGGACGGCCUCUUCACCGUUCUCAUCCAGAGACCGGAUCCUGCGGCCUUCUCCGGGCCUUACCGAACAAUCACGGCCGGUGGCAACACCGGAGGCUCACCCGUCACAAUCACGGUUCCUCCCACCGGCACGGGUCAGACCGGCACAGUCGUGGUCCAGCCUGCCAUCACCCCCUUUACGGGCCCUUUCACAACAAUCACAACCGAUGGCAACACCGGGUCCCUCCCAGUUUCACUCACUAUUGUGCCUGCCGGUAACCCGACUCUGGGCACCAUCAUUGUUCAGACUCCGUCAAUCACUGCUCGGCCAGCCCUCUUCAGAACUUUGGCGGCGCUCCCAAUUGCCGGCCUCGGUGCCACAAUCACUUUGCCUGUGGUCGGCAGCUCUGCCACCGGCGUCGGAACUAUUGUGGUGGCCAUAGGACUGGGCGGAAAUGACCCGGCCACGACAGCACCAGCUGCUUUGGCUGCUAACCUCGUCACCAUUCGAGGCAACUAUAACGGUUCGAAUCCGUUGACUCUGACACUGCCUUCUCAAGGCAAUAAUCCGGUUGCCACCAUUGUCGAGCAGCUGCCCGUUGGAUUCAGCGCGGGAGUCUCGAUUGGAAACCCUGCGGCAACUUCGGUAGUCCCUCCCAUCACGAACCCGGUUCCUCAACCCAAUGUUUCUCCUCAACCCAAUGUGCCGAGUGUGCCUGCGGCAAACCCGGCUUCUAACGGAGGAAUUCUCCCUCAGGUCCUCACAAGCGGCUACUCUGGAUCUGUACCGACUACGGUCACGCUGCCUCCUAUCGGAACCCAGACAGCUUCGCAAGUCUUGGUCCUCACGCCACUGACCAACGCUGCCGGUUCCGCCGCGCCUGUUCCUGCAGGCCCUGCCGCGACUGUUGCUCCUCAAGUGAUCAACACCAUCACUACUGGAUUCGCGGGUUCUCUACCCACUACCAUUACAGUACUUCCGGAGGGCCUUGCAUCUACUGCUCCUGUGGUAUUGGUUUUGACCCCGGACCCAGCUGCUCCGACGGCGGCGGCGUCCCAAGGGGCUUUGCCGGGUUCCUUCACAACCUUUACCGGGCCACUUGUUGGAUCAACUCCCACCACCCUCACCAUUCCUCCCGUGGGAACCAACACAGUUGGUACCGUCGUGGUCUUGGGCAACCCCCUGGCCACUGCUCCUGCUCCUGCUCAGCCAGGUCAGACCCAGACACAGGCCCCUGGUGUCGGCGGAGUUCCAUCCAGUCUCGCACCUGGAGCUCUUGGUGCCUUCACCACCAUCCAGAGCGGGUUCAAUGGUCUCCAGCCCUCGACCUUCACCGUUCCUCCUGCUGUCAGCGGCGCUCUUGGAACGGUUGUCGUCUUGACUCCUACUAACCCAGCUGCUCCCCAACUGACACUCCCUGCCGGAGUGCCUUUCGUGACGGUAACAACUGCUGGUAAUGUCCCCGCCGUGCUAACCAAUGUGUUGCUUCCCACGGGGACAAACACUCUAGGAACUGUUCUCGUCCAGACCCCUACUAACAUAGCUGCCCCUCAACUCACUCUGCCUGCUGGAGUCCCAUUCACGACGGUGACGACGGCAGGAAACAUCCCUGCUGCACUAACCAACGUGAUUUUGCCAACUGGAACAAAUACUCUGGGAACGGUCCUCAUCCAGACACCCGCCACUCCAGCUGCUUCUCAGCUGAACCUCCCCUCUGGAGUGCCGUUUGUGACGGUCACAACACCAGCCAAUGUUCCAACCGUGUUGACCAAUGUGUUAUUGCCUUCGGGAACGAACACUGUUGGCACUGUCCUUGUCCAGGUGCCUUCGUCCUUGUUCACGGCUCUGCCAACCGGUGCUGCCACCGCCCCCGGCGCAGUCAACCCUGGCUCUUUGGUGCUUCCUGGACUCACCAUUCCGCCAAUCUCCAUCAACCUGCCCACCAUCAUUCUGUCUAUCCCUAGUCUCAGCCUGGGUGCCUUCAUCACAUUGACCCAGCCUGGACCGGUAGCAACAACAGCCGUGCUCCCUCCCUCCGGCACCAACUCGGUGGGCCUCGUGAUUAUCCAGACACCGACUGUCGCCGCGACUGCCGCUCCAGGCGCUGGUGUCUUCACGACUCUCUUCCAAGGCUUCUCCGGAUCUGUGCCGCUGACUACGACCCUGGCACCGACCGGAACAAACACCCUUGGCGUUGUCUUGAUCCAGACGCCAACGGUCUCGGUCGACGUCAACAUUCUCCAGACCACCACGAUUGGCUUCACCGGAUCACUCCCCACUACCAUCACCGUGCAGCCCUCUUCAGGUGGCUCUGGUCUCGUGGUCGUUCAGACCCCGUUUACGAACCCCUCGGUUUCGGCGACUAACGCGGCAAGCAUCUUCACCACUACCACCCAGGGCUUCACUGGAAUUGCGCCUACUACGAUUACAUUCUUCCCUGGUGGGACCAACACAGUUGGCACGGUGGUUGUUCAGACACCAAUCUUCUCUGGAGGCGUGGUGGUGCCGUCCAUCUCGUUGGGUCUGCCGCAGAUCCAGGUCACCAUCUCCAUCGGCGGACCUAUUGCGGCGACAUCCACCAUCUUGCCUUCUGGCACCAACACUAUCGGAACCGUGGUUGUCCAGACUCCCACAGCUCCUGGAGGCUCGCCCCCGGCGGUCACCACGCCCACCGGCUUUGUGGUUGUUACGACUGGUUAUACGGGGACUACACCGACGACCUUCACUCUGCCACCAUCCGGCACUCAGCCCGGGGUUAUAGUCGUCCAGACUCCCACUACCGGAGCUGCGGUGGCUCCGAACAGCUUCAUCACGGCUGUCACUGGCUUCACCGGAACCACGCCGACGACGGUGACGAUCCUGCCUACGGGCACCAACUCGGUUGGCAUCGUCCUGAUCCAGACUCCCACCCAGUUCAGCACUACCGUUCUCAUUAGCAUCAGCGGCGACCCGCCUCCGCCUACUGUCCCGAGUGGCUUCAUUCUCACCACGACGGUUGGCACCGGCACUCUGCCCACCACGGUUACGUUCCCUCCUUCGGGCACCAACCCGGGCAGCGUGGUUGUCCAGACCCCGUCUGUGGGAACAGCGGCUCCUGGCGUCACCAGUGCUUUGCCCAAUGUCAUUGUCACGAGUGGCUUCGCCGGCUCUGCUACGUCGACCCUCACGCUGACUCCCUCCGCCGCCGGCAAUCCCACGACUUUGAUCAUCCUGACGCCUACUUCUGCUGCUGCUCCUUCAGCCACGGUUUCUCCAGCCUCGUUCAUUACUCUUACGACUGGAUUCUUCGGCUCCGGCGUGGCAACCACGACUUUAGCACCAGUGAACGCCGGCGACCCGGGAACCGUCAUUAUUCAGACACCGCUGCCCACGUCUGGUCUUUCGUUCCUCACCACGACUGUUGGCUUCACGGGAUCUGUUCCGACUACCGCCACGGUCUUUCCAUCUGGAACCCAGACUGUUGGAGCCAUCAUCAUCCAGACUCCUAUCGGAAGUCCUCAGGUCACGAAUGUCGCCCCUACACCUACGACCCCUGGUUUCUCGUUCAUUACCGUUCAGACUGGUUACUCUGGCACCGGAACUCAGAUCACCACGAUUCUGCCCACUGUGAGUGGCAGUGUCGGUCUUGUUCUUAUCCAGACUCCCACUGUUGGCCAGGACCCGGCAACUUCUAGCCCUACCAUCAACAUCCCAACCUCAGGGGCAGUCACAACUCCGACCGUCGCACCCGCAUCACUCGUGACACUCAUCAGCACUUACACUGGAUCAGUUCCCUCGACCACUACGCUCGCCCCCGCCGGCACUGACAGCCUGGGCACAGUCAUCGUUCUUCUUCCAAGCGCGACGGCAACUCCGGGAACCACUCCUGGCGCUGGCUUUGCGACGCUCAUCAGCACCUACACCGGAUCUGUGCCCUCGACUUCGACUAUUCUUCCCACUGGAACAAACUCCCUGGGAACCAUCGUCGUCUUGGUCCCAAGCUCGACUCUCAGCGCUGGUGUGCCGGCCAUCACGUCUUCUCCCGGUGCGGUUUUUGCCACUCUCACUUCUACAUACGGAGGCUCGGCUACUUCAUUCCUGACUCUUCCGCCAUCGGGAACGGGCUCAACUGGUACCCUCGUCGUCCUCGUUCCAAGCAAUGUCCUGGCCUCUCCAACAGCCACGCCCGCCUUCCCUCUCACCACAGUUACAUCGACUUAUGGCGGCUCCAUUGUGUCAACGGCGAUCGCUUCACCCGUCAACCCUGGAGAUCCUGGCACCCUCAUUGUCUUGGUCCCAAGUAACGUUGCCAGCCCUACCGGUGGCGCUACUCCUACUGUCGGCAACAACUUGCUCACAACAUUGCUGUCAACCUAUACUGGCUCAGUUCCCUUGACUACCACUGUCGCCCCCGUCAACUCGAACGAUCCUGGAACGGUCAUCGUUCUCGUCCCGAGUGCAACAAGUGCAGCAGGCGCGGCAACGCCCACCGUCGGUGUUGUCAUCACCAGUUUCUACAGCGGCUUGGUGCCUUCGACAUCGGUGCUACCCCCUGGUCCCUCUGGUGAACCUGGUGCCACCGUCAUCUUCCUACCCAGCAGCUCCGGCCUGCCAACCGUCACUACAUCGGCUUUGGCUGCCGGUCUCUACACGAGCACAUAUGGAGGUUCGGUUACUCUCACGUCCACGCUCCCCGUUGGACCUUCUGGAGGGCCUGGCGCUACCGUCAUUUUCGUUCCCAGCAUCACUGCUGCGACCACCCCCGCGACCACUGCCCUGGCCGGAGUUCUCACGAGCUUCUACAGUGGACUGGUGCCGUCAACUUCUGUUUUGCCUCCCGGUCCCUCCGGUGAGCCGGGUGCUACGAUCAUCUUCCUCCCUAGCAACACGGCCACGCCGUCUGCUACGGUGCCCACUGUUGGCGGCUUGUUCACCAGCUUCUACAGCGGUUCCGUCACCCUCACAUCUACGUUGCCGACUGGUCCCUUGGGCGAGCCGGGUGCGACUAUUAUUCUCAUCCCGACUCCUACUGCCACCCCGGCUCUGCCGAAUGUCUUGACCAGUACGUACGGAGGCUCAGUCACGUUGACCUCGAUCUUGCCCACCGGCUCCAAUGGAGACCCUGGGCAAACCGUCAUCUUUGUGCCGAGCGUCACCGGUGCUCCUACUACUACUGGUGCGCCAUCUCUGCCAAAUGUCCUGACCAGCACAUAUGGAGGCUCAGUUACUCUGACAACGGUUCUCCCUGUUGGCCCGUCUGGAGAUCCUGCUACGGUCAUCUUUGUCCCGAGCGUGACUGGCACCCCCAGCAAUACUGGUGCUGCAGGUCUUCCCAACGUUCUGACUAGCACCUAUGGAGGAUCAGUUAUCUUGACCUCAGUCUUGCCAACUGGGCCAUCGGGUGAGCCGGCGCAGACAAUCAUCUUUGUGCCGAGCACCACCGGAGCUCCAGGUCUGCCCAACAUUCUGACCAGUACCUAUGGAGGAUCAGUCACUUUGACAACGGUCCUUCCAGUUGGCCCCUCUGGAGAUCCUGCUACUGUCAUCUUCGUCCCGAGCGUGACUGGCACUCCCAGCAACACUGGUGCUGCAGGUCUGCCCAACAUUCUGACCAGCACUUAUGGAGGAUCAGUCACUUUGACAACAGUCCUUCCAGUUGGCCCCUCUGGAGAUCCCGCGACUGUCAUCUUUGUCCCGAGCGUGACUGGCGCUCCCAGCAACACUGGCGCUACGGGUCUGCCAAAUGUUUUGACCAGUGUUUACGAUGGAUCAGUUACUCUGACUUCUGUCAUUUCUACUGGCUCUGUGGGAGAUCCUCUGCAGACGAUUAUUUUCGUCCCAAGUGCUCCUGGAGCCCCCAGCACCACUGGUGCUCCAGGUCUGCCCAAUGUUUUGACCAGCACCUACGGAGGCUCAGUCACUUUGACAUCAGUACUGCCAGUUGGCCCGUCUGGAGAUCCUGCAACUGUCAUCUUUGUGCCAGGCGCCUCGAGCGUCACUGCGGCUCCUACGUUGCCCAACAUCCUGACCCAGACCUAUGGCGGCUCAGUCACUUUGACCACCGUCCUCCCCACAGGAUCUUUGGGAGAUCCUGGUGUGACUGUGAUCUUUGUCCCUUCUGCCCCAGGCGCCCCUUCAGUCACUCCUACUCAGUCCCUAGGAAACGUGCUGACCAGCACGUACGACGGAUCGGUCACUCUGACCACCACUUUACCAGUUGGCCCCUCGGGAGAUAUUGCCACUGUCAUCUUGGUCCCAAGCAACACCCUGGUGCCAACCAGCACCGCAGCGGCAGGCCUUCCCAACAUCCUGACCCAGACCUACGGUGGAUCUGUGACGUUGACGUCGGUACUUCCUACGGGUCCUUCAGGAGAGCCUGGUGCGACGGUUAUCUUCAUCCCCGGCGCUCCAAGUGCGACACCAACUGUUCCCUCAGUCGGCGGCGUUUUGACCAGCGUCUACGGUGGCUCAGUCACUUUGACGACUACCUUGCCCAUCGGUCCAUCGGGCGAUCCUGCAACCGUCGUCUUGGUGCCAUCUUCGACUGGAGCUGGUCUGCCCAACAUUCUCACACAGACAUACGGCGGAUCGGUGACUUUGACGACGGUCCUCCCCACGGGCCCUUCAGGAGAACCUGGCGCGACAGUCAUUUUUGUUCCAAGCACCCCGAUCGCCACACCGACGGUCACUCCUGGAGGCAUUCUGACCAGUGUCUACGGUGGAUCAGUUACUCUGACGACCACCUUGCCCGUCGGUCCGUCUGGUGAUAUUGCUACUGUCAUUCUGGUACCGAGCAGUACAGGAGAUCCGGGUCUUCCCAACAUCCUUACACAGACGUACGGAGGUUCGAUUACCCUCACUACCACCCUGCCACCUGGCCCGUCUGGAGAGCCCGGUGCAACGGUCAUCUUCGUACCAAGUUCCCCGAUCGCCACACCGACGAUUGCUCCUGGCGGCGUGUUGACCAGCAUAUAUGAUGGCUCAGUCACGUUGACGACGACUCUACCUCCCGGGCCCUCUGGCGAGCCUGGUGCCACUGUGAUUUUGAUUCCUACUACGACUGGGGUCCCAUCCUUGCCUAACGUUCUCACCUCAACGUACGAUGGAUCUGUCACUCUGACCACGACUCUCCCAGUUGGACCUUCUGGAGACCCGGCGACCGUGAUCCUGGUGCCGAGCCAGACCGCGGCUCCCGCUGUACCAAGCAAUCUUUUCACCAGCACCUACGAUGGGUCAGUCACAUUGACUACGACCUUGCCUAUCGGCACCGUGGUUUUGGUACCUAGUCAGACUGCGGCUCCUGGCCUCCCUAAUAUUCUCACUUCUACGUACGGAGGAUCGGUCACUCUGACUACUACCUUGCCGGUCGGCCCUUCAGGGGAUAUUGCCACAGUCAUUCUCGUCCCAAGCCAGACCGCCGCUCCCGGCCUCCCGAGUGUCUUGACUUCGACGUACGGUGGUUCGGUCACUCUCACGACAACCUUGCCGGUUGGGCCUUCAGGGGAUAUUGCGACUGUCAUCUUGGUGCCCAGUCAAACUGCGGCUCCUGGACUGCCAAACGUCCUGACCAGCACUUAUGGCGGAUCGGCUACUCUCACAACUGUAUUGCCAGUUGGUCCUUCUGGUGACCCAGAGACUGUAAUCUUGGUACCGAGCCAGACCGGCGCUGGUGGUCUGCCCAACAUCUUGACCAGCACGUAUGGUGGAUCGGUCACCCUGACUACCACAUUGCCCGUCGGCCCCUCUGGUGAUAUCGCGACAGUCAUUUUGGUACCCAGCGUAACAGCUGAUCCUGGCCUGCCAAACAUUCUGACUAGCACGUAUGGCGGAUCGAUCACGUUGACUACGGCUCUGCCUGUUGGUCCUUCUGGAGAUCCCGUCACGGUGAUCCUCGUGCCAAGCCAGACUACGGCACCUGGUCUGCCCAACUUAUUGACUAGCACCUAUGGCGGCUCAAUUACUUUGACCACCACAUUGCCGGUCGGCCCCUCUGGAGAUGUAGCGACUGUUAUUUUGGUUCCUAGCCAGACUGCUGACCCCGGUUUCCCGAACAUCUUGACGAGCACUUAUGGAGGUUCUGUCACUCUGACCACAACCCUCCCAGUUGGGCCAUCCGGCGAUAUCGCAACAGUGAUCCUCGUCCCCGGUGCUUCCAGCCAAACAGCCGCGCCUAGUUUGCCCAACGUUCUCACCAGCACGUAUGGCGGCUCGGUCACUCUCACGACAACUCUGCCAAUUGGCCCCUCGGGUGACCCGGCGACUGUUGUGUUGGUUCCCAGUACCAUUCCAAGCCAAACAGGCGCGACUGGUUCCAAUGUUUUGACUAGUGUAUACGGAGGCUCCGUAACCUUGACGACCAUUCUGACAAUUGGACCGUCUGGGGACCCCGCCACAGUUAUCUUGGUGCCCAGCUCCGUGUCGAACGGUGCUGGCCUCCCCAACGUGCUCACGAGCACUUAUGAUGGUUCAGUCACUCUUACGACAACACUGCCUAUCGGACCUUCUGGUGAUCCAGCAACUGUCAUUUUGGUCCCCAGCGUUGUUCCUUCAACUACGGCGGCGCCUGGCCUUCCUAAUGUGCUGACAAGCACAUACGGAGGCUCAGUGACUCUCACGACGAUCUUGCCCGUCGGGCCAUCUGGAGACCCGGCUACUGUUAUUCUGGUGCCUAGCUCUGGUUCAACCGGUGCCGGUCUCCCUAACGUCCUUACGAGCACCUACGAUGGUUCAGUCACUCUCACAACCACACUCCCCAUUGGGCCGUCGGGUGAUCCAGCAACUGUCAUUCUGGUCCCAAGCAAUACUCUUUCCAUCACGGCUGCUCCCGGCCUUCCCAACGUGCUGACAAGCACAUACGGAGGCUCGGUCACUCUUACGACGGUUUUGCCUCUUGGACCGUCUGGAGAUCCGGCUACUAUUAUCCUGGUACCAAGCAGCGCCAUCCCUCCGCUCAUCGAUAUCUCCAUCGGUAUCAACCUUCCGGGCCUGUUCACUAGCACAUAUGGGGGUUCAUCCACAGUGACAACAGUUCUCCCGGUUGGCCCGUCUGGAGAUCCCGCUACUGUUAUCCUGGUGCCCAGCAACCCUCCACUUAUUGACAUCUCGAUCGGCAUCAACCUUCCAGGCUUGUUCACCAGCACAUAUGGAGGUUCGUCCACUGCGACCACAGUCCUGCCUAUUGGACCGUCCGGUGAUCCGGCGACGGUUAUUCUGGUACCUAGCAGUGUCCCUACUAUUACGGCUGGGUCUGGAUUGCCUAAUAUCCUCACAAGCACAUACGCCGGCUCCGUCACUUUGACGACUGUACUGCCGGUUGGCCCAUCUGGUGAUCCAGCCACAGUCAUCCUGGUGCCCGGUAGUAGUAUCACGGACGCCUCGGGACUGCCUAAUGUACUUACAAGCACAUACGCCGGCUCCGUCACGCUCACUACUGUACUGCCGGUUGGCCCCUCUGGUGACCCGGCCACAAUCAUCCUGGUUCCUGGUGUUACUGCGACUGAUGCUACUGGAUUGCCUAACCUUCUCACGAGCACUUAUGGCGGUUCUGUGACCCUAACAACAGUCCUCCCGGCUGGCCCUUCCGGCGACCCGGCGACAAUUGUGUUAGUUCCCAGUGCCACUAUUACCGAUGAUCCGGGACUGCCCACUCUUCUCACGAGUACAUAUGGUGGCUCGGUCACGCUCACUACCGUGCUCCCGGCCGGCCCCUCCGGCGAUCCGGCUACAAUCGUCCUGGUUCCGGGAGCUUCCACCACGGAUGCUCCUGGACUCCCGAAUGUGCUUACCAGCACCUACAGCGGCUCAGUUACUCUCACCACAGUGUUACCCAUUGGACCUUCUGGGGAUCCGGCCACGAUUAUUCUGGUACCUGGUGCGACGAGUGCUGGUGCUGGUGGUCUUCCCAACAUCCUCACCAGCACAUACGAUGGCUCGGUGACGCUUACGACCACUUUGCCCAUCGGACCCUCAGGCGACCCGGCAACUGUCGUGUUGGUGCCGUCUUCGAUCGGUGCUGGCUUGCCCAAUAUUCUUACCAGCACUUACGACGGAUCGGUCACCUUGACAACUACUUUGCCCAUUGGACCCUCGGGUGACCCGGCGACGGUUGUGCUGGUGCCGUCUUCGAUUGGUGCCGGUCUGCCCAACGUUCUUACCAGCACCUACGACGGGUCGGUCACUCUCACAACCACCUUGCCCAUCGGCCCCUCUGGCGACCCGGCCACGGUCAUUCUUGUACCUGGCGCGAGCAACACUGGCGCUCCUGGUCUUCCGAACAUUUUGACCAGCACGUACGACGGAUCUGUCACGCUCACCACCACCCUUCCCAUUGGUCCCUCAGGAGACCCAGCUACUGUCGUCCUUGUUCCGAGCACUGUCCCGAGCGUCUCGGCGCCUGGACUUCCCAACGUCCUGACUUCAACAUACGAUGGUUCCGUCACCCUCACCACCACUCUGCCUAUCGGUCCUUCGGGUGAUCCAGCAACCGUGGUUCUCGUACCGAGUGUUGUUCCCAGUAUCACUGCGCCUGGCCUUCCUAAUGUUCUGACUUCAACAUAUGAUGGCCCCGUCACUUUGACCACUACUCUGCCUAUCGGUCCCUCGGGUGAUCCAGCAACGGUGGUCCUUGUGCCGAGUGUUGUUCCCAGCAUCACUGCGCCUGGCCUUCCUAAUGUACUCACGUCUACUUACGAUGGUUCUGUCACAUUGACGACGAUCUUGCCCAUUGGCCCCUCGGGCGAUCCGGCAACGGUCGUUCUCGUACCCAGUGUCACUGUUCCAACAGUUCCCGGUCUUCUCACGUCUACUUACGAUGGCUCUAUCACUAUUACGACGACGCUGCCGAUUGGGCCCUCUGGCGACCCAACAGCCGUUGUCUUGGUUCCAGGUGUUACGGCCCCGGCAAUUCCCAAUGUGCUGACCAGCACCUACGAUGGCUCUGUCACCUUGACCACCACUCUGCCCAUUGGACCUUCGGGAGACCCUGCAACCGUGGUCUUGGUCCCAAGCAUCCCCGGCUCUCCAGCACUGCCCAACGUCUUGACCAGCACGUACGACGGAUCUGUCACUCUCACAACCACGUUGCCUGCUGGGCCGACACUUGUAUUGGUUCCAAGCGCCACCAAUGUGGGAGCUGGUCUCUUCACCAGCACGUACGACGGCUCAGUCACACUGACGACUACUCUCCCCGUUGGCCCUUCAGGCGAGCCUGGAGCUACCAUCAUCUUGGUUCCCACAGUCUCUGCUACUGGUCUUCCCAACCUCUUCACGAGCACAUAUGACGGAUCGGUCACUCUUACGACUACGCUUCCUGCUGGUCCCUCUGGUGAACCUGGCGCGACCAUCAUCUUGAUUCCAACGAGCUCAGCUGGAGGACUUCCCAACCUCUUCACGAGCACAUACGAUGGCUCGGUGACAUUGACGACGACCCUCCCGGCUGGUCCAUCUGGAGAACCUGGACCUACUGUUGUCCUGGUCCCGGGCCUGACAUCUGCUCUGCCAACGUCUGCCCUGCCAAACUUCUUCACCAGCACGUACGACGGGUCCAUCACUCUCACCACCACCCUGCCUGCCGGUCCAUCUGGCGAGCCUGGACCGACAGUUAUUCUCGUCCCUGGGGCUACAUCAGCGUUGCCUAAUCUGUUUACGAGCACUUAUGGCGGGUCUAUCACCUUAACUACCACUCUCCCUGCUGGUCCAUCAGGGGAACCUGGACCUACCGUUGUUCUGGUCCCUGGUCUCACUUCCGCUCUGCCAACUUCUGCUCUGCCAAACUUCUUUACCAGCACAUACGAUGGGUCUAUCACGCUCACCACCACCCUUCCCGCCGGCCCGUCCGGCGACCCCGGUGCAACCGUGGUGUUGGUCCCUGGCCUCACGAGUGCUCUGCCAAAUGUCUUCACCAGCACGUACGACGGAUCCAUUACGCUCACAACCACGCUUCCAGCUGGUCCAUCUGGCGAGCCUGGUCCGACGGUCGUUCUGGUACCUGGCUUGACUUCGGCAUUGCCCAACUUCUUCACCAGCACUUAUGCCGGAUCCAUCACUCUUACUACCACGCUUCCAGCUGGACCCUCUGGAGAGCCUGGUCCCACCGUCGUCCUGGUUCCUGGCGCUACUUCCGCGCUUGGAAGCUUCUUGACGAGCACAUAUGACGGCUCGGUCACUCUCACAACCACUCUUCCGGUUGGACCUUCAGGUGAGCCUGGUUCGACUAUCGUCUUGGUACCAAGUCUUACUGGUGCCAUUACCACGCCUACUGCGGACUUGAACAUCCUGACUAGCACAUACGAUGGAUCGAUUACCCUCACCACGACUCUUCCCGCCGGUCCUUCGGGAGACCCUGGUGCCACGGUCAUCUUGGUCCCGAGCAUCACUGGAGCUUUGACUACUCCCACGGCGGCCUUGCCAAACGUGUUGACCAGCACCUACGACGGUUCGGUCACCUUGACCACCACUCUCCCAGCAGGACCCUCGGGACAACCUGGGGAUGUCGUCGUCCUUGUUCCGAGCUCUGCGCUUGACACGGCCAGCAGCCUCAUCUCAUUCGCCACCGUCACGAGCACCUACAGUGGCUUGGUUCCGUCCAUCACGACCAUCCUGCCUACCGGCACCGAUGGCCUCGGCACCAUUAUCAUUCUGGAGCCCACAUCCGCUCUUGGUGCUUCUCCUGGUCAAUUCAUUACGCUCACCAGCGGCUACUCCGGCGCCGUGCCCUCAACCUCGACUAUUCUGCCCACAGGUACUGAAACUGUUGGGGCUGUUGUUAUCUUGGUGCCUACGAGCACUGCGGGCAUCAGCUUCACCACUAUUACCAGCGCUUACUCGGGUGCCAUCCCAUCAGUAACGACCAUCUUCCCGAGCGGAUCCGACACUCAGGGAACUGUCAUCGUCUUGAACCCCAUCACGAUAGACACCCCGGGCAUUACCAUCACGAGACCGUACACCGGCUCCGAGACUUUGACGUCCACGAUUCUGCCCGCGGUCUCUGGAGAUCCAGCGACCGUCAUCGUGCUGGAUCCCGCUCUGCUCAUCACGACCUCCAACAUUGGCUCUUUCACGACCCUCACAAGCGGAUACGACGGCUCCGUUGUUGUUACGUCCACCAUUCCGCCCGUGGGUACCGAUGGACUCGGAACAGUCAUCGUUCUGCAGCCCACUGGCUCCGCCACCGUGCCGAGCGUCACCGUGUCGUAUACGACCAUCAUCAGCACCUACGCGGGCUCGUUGCUGGCGACCUCGACCCAGCCUCCUGCCGGCACUGACGCUGUUGGAACCGUCAUCCUGCUGGUUCCCAGCUCGAGCGUUCAAAUUCCUGGCGUCUCUUCCUACACCACCAUUACCAGCACAUACACCGGCUUGUUGCCUUCCUUUUCCACAGCAGCUCCCGCUGGAACUGAUACCGUUGGCACCAUCAUCUUCUUCGAGCCAGAGACUUCCACCAUUGCUCCUGGUGCUCCUGGACAGACUGGUACUGUCGUCAUUCUUCAGCCCAGCUCAGUCCUCACCGCACUGCCGACAUCGUCUCCUAGUCCUGAUGGAAUCAGCUACACCACCAUCUUUAGCACUUACACUGGCGACGUUCCCCUCACGACAACUCUCGCUCCGGCGAGCGGCGACCCUGCCAACAUUGGCACCGUCAUCGUCCAGUUGCCCAAUGUCCUGGCUACUUCCAGCCCGACCGUCAGCGUCAGCAUCACAUACACCACCAUUGUCAGCUUCUUCUCGGGAUCUGCUCCGAUCACCACCACGAUCGACCCCGCCGUUGGAGGCAGCAUUGGUACUGUUGUUGUCCAAGUUCCUCUUACCACCUCGGAUCUCCUGGCUUCGCCCGGCAUCUUCUACACGACCAUUGUGAGCAGCUACUCGGGAUCGGUCACUUUGACAACGACCAUCCCUCCCGCUGCCACAGACCCUGCCGGCCUGGCAACUGGAACGGUAAUCAUCCAGGUUCCAAACUCUCAGAUUUCUGCUACCAGCACGUCUGGCGGUGCUCUGGCGGCCUCUUUCACCACGAUCUUCAGCACCUAUCCGGGAUCCGUCACGCUGACCACGACUCUGCCUCCUGCUGCCACAGAUCCGGCUGGCCUCGGCACGGUCAUCGUCCAGAUCCCAGAUACUGGAAUCAUCCCAACCGCCACCAGCGCCUUGGCUGCUUCGUUUACCACAAUCUUCAGCACUUACCCGGGAUCCGUUACUUUGGCCACCACUUUGCCUCCUGCUGCCACAGACCCCGCGGGUCUCGGCACCGUCAUCAUCCAGAUCCCCGAUACUGGAGUCAUUCCCACGGCUACGAGUGCUCUGGGCGCGUUAUUCACAACAGUGUUUACUACCUACCCUGGCUCGGUCACUUUGACGUCUACGAUUCCUGCAGUGGACCCCACGGGUCUUGGAACGGUUGUCAUUCAGGUCCCCGACAUUCUGGGUACGUCGAGCCUCCCCACUGGCAGUCUCACCGUCUCGCCGGGCAGCUUCUUCACGACGCUCUUCAGCACCUACGAUGGAUCAGUCACUUUGACCACCACUAUCCCCCCCGCAGCGACCGAUCCUUCCGGUCUUGCCACGGUCAUUAUACAAGUCCCCAGCAACACGCUCAACACGAACGGCGUUUCCUACACCACGGUCACCAGCGCGUACACAGGACUCAUCCCUCAGACUACAACCGUGGCUCCCGGCGCCCCUGGCGAUCUCGGAACCGUCAUCAUCCAGGUUCCUACUAGCUCGGUCAGCGUGGAUAUCAUUUCUUACGUGACCGUCACGAGCAGUGGCUUCACCGGCCUGGCCACGUUGACUACUACACUUCCGCCCGCCAACCCCGGAGACCCUGGCACUGUUGUCAUUCAGAUUCCAAGUGCCACCAGCGCUCUUGGUGCUCUGUACACAACCGUAACCAGCGGAUACCCUGGAUCCGUUCUCACAACAGAGACCGGCAUCCUGACCGGAGUCGAUGGCCUCGUCACUGUUGUCGUUCUGUCACCGACUGGCACUGCCGUGUCUCUGCCCACCGUCACAGGAAGCCCUGGUUUGUUCAUCACUCUCACCACGGGAUACGAUGGAUCUGUCAUCGCCACGUCCACUGGGUCCGUUACCGGUGUGGAUGGCCUUGUUACCGUCGUUAUCCAGACUCCCACCAACGCAAUCACGUCGCCCACGGCCACGGCCACAAUUCCUGGUCUCUCGUACACCACCGUUACCAGCGGAUACGGUGGCUCGCUCUUGCAAACGCUCAUUGGCACCGUAACCGGCGCGGAUGGACUGGCUACUGUGGUCAUCCAGACUCCCACUAUUGGCGUUACGUCGCCUUCAGCCACCAUUCCUGGACUUUCUUACACGACGGUCACUAGCGGAUACGGCGGCUCUCUUCUGCAGACCCUCAUCGGCUCUGUUACGGGAGCAGAUGGUCUCGCGACUAUUGUUAUUCAGACACCUACGCUGGGAGUCACUUCUCCCUCAGCCACCAUUCCUGGACUCUCGUAUACUACAGUUACCAGCGGCUACGGCGGAUCUCUCAUCCAGACCUUCAUUGGAAGUCAGACUGGACCCGACGGGCUUGCUACGGUUGUCAUUCAGACACCCACGAUUGCCAUCACCUCGCCAACGGCUACAAUUCCUGGCCUUUCCUACACCACCGUUACAAGUGGCUACGAUGGAUCUCUUCUCCAGACUCUCAUCGGAACCGUGACUGGUGCAGACGGCUUGGCCACGGUUGUUAUUCAGACUCCUACCCUGGCGCUUACCUCACCAAGCGCCACGAUCCCCGGCCUUUCCUACACCACCGUCACGAGCGGCUACGCUGGGUCUCUACCCCAGACCCUCAUUGGUACCGCUACUGGCGCAGAUGGCCUUGCCACGGUUGUGAUCCAAAUUCCUACAGCUUCCAUCACGUCCAGCCCGUCCAUCUCAGCGCCGGUUUCGUACACCACGGUCACGAGCGGCUAUGGAGGCUCCUUCAUCCAGACUCUCAUCGGAUCUCUCCCAGGCAUCGACGGCUACAUCACGGUGGUCGUCAACAUCCCAACCGGCACGGCAUCGCUGCCCACGGCCACGCUGCCAGGCGUCUCCUACACCACUGUCACGAGCGGCUAUGAUGGCUCCCUUCUUCAGACGCUCAUCGGCUCAGUCACUGGCGCAGACGGCCUUGCUACGGUUGUGGUUCAGGUCCCUACUGCCACGGCCACGACCACGCCCGCGAUCUCGGUCACUCAGUCCAUCAUCUCGUACAUCACCGUCACGACUGGGUACUCUGGCGUCUCGACCCUGUUCCAGACCCUCGCUCCCGCAGCCUCCGGUCUGCCGGGCACCGUCUUCAUCCAGGUCCCGACCGCCAUUCCUUCGUCGACGCCUUCGCUCACCAUUUCCGACGGCACAUCGUACACCACUAUUACCAGUUUCAUCACGGCUUCCGCGACCCAGAUCUCGACUCUGGUACCCUCGCGGAGCGGCGAUGUCGUCACUGUUCUUUUCGGGGUUCCCCGCCGGUUGUUCGUCGUCACGACCACGAUUCCGGGCCUCAGUGUCACGGCCACUUCGACCUUACCCAUGGGCACCGAUGGUAUUCAGACGGUCAUGAUCCAAGUUCCGGGCGCGCCGACGGCGUCUCCUACGAUUGGAGGCAUCACAACCAUCUUCAGCACCUAUACCGGCUCCGUCACUCUCAUCCAGACACAGACUCCCGCACAGCCCGGAGAUCCCACGACGGUUCUCGUCAAUCUCCCCGGCGUCUUUGCCGAGGUCACUUCGACUCGCUUCGGCGCCCCGUCGGCGGGCACCACCACAAUUGCCCCUGUUGGUACCGGACUCCCAGCGACGGUCAUCAUCGAUGUCCCCGGUAUCUUCUCAACGGUCACGAGCGGAUACUCUGGUCUUAUCCCGGCAACGACCACCAUUCUGCCAUCGGAUCCCACCGGGGUUGGUCUGGUCAUCAUCCAGACCCCGACCAUCUCGACUGGCUUGCCGUCGAUUACGCCCUCUACAGUCUUCACCACCGCGCCUGGAACUGGCUCGCUCCUGGCCACUGCCACGAUCACCGGCCCUGAUGGAGUGGUUUCCGUCAUUGUCCAGACCCCGACGGCUGUUGGGCAAGUCCUAUCUACGAUAUUCACCACCCAGCCAGGAACUGGACUGCUGCCGGCUACCACAACCGUCACUGGCCCCGAUGGCAUCGUCUCCGUCAUUCUGCAAACGCCUACGCUCCCCUCAGGGGCUGGACCGACUACGGUCUUCACCACAGUCCCCGGAAGCGCCGCCCUCCCGGCCACCACCACCAUCACUGGAGCGGAUGGAGUCGUCUCCGUCAUCUUCUUGGAGCCAACCACCUCCGGCCAGAGCCCAACCAUCCCUACCACGGUCUUCACUACCAUUGUGGGAACCGGUGCUCUCCCCGUCACUACUACGGCCAGCGGCCUCGAUGGAAUCGUCUCCGUCGUUGUCGAGCUUCCAAGCACGACCCUGCCCCCUGGAGUCACGCCCUCGACCAUAUUCACCACUGUUCCCGGCACCGGAUCUCUCCCUGCCACGGCAACCGUUACCGGACUGGAUGGCAUCGUCUCGGUCAUCAUCUCGGAGCCCACGUCAAGCCUGGCUGGCCUCUUCACCACCAUCACCACUGGAGGACCGGUUGCUGCGACCAGCACCAUUCUGCCCAACGUCAUUGGCGGCGUUGGCACGGUUGUUGUGCAGACGCCAACCUUCACCGCCAGCCCCGGCGCCUUCUUCACGACGCUCACAUCUGGUGGCCCAGUCGCUUCGACCUUUACCAUCCCGGCCGCUGAUCCCACUGGCCUCGGCACCGUUGUCAUCCAGACACCGACUGCUCUUCUCGCGUCUUACACGACUCUCACCAUCACCGGCUCCAUUGCAACGACCUUCUCGGUCCCUCCUGUGGGUUCUGGCCUUGGAACCGUCAUUGUGCAGCUUCCAGAGCCUACUGGUACGUCCGCUUCGCUGCCGUCCGUCACAUACACAACAGUUACCUCUGUCGGAAGCCCUACGACCUUCACCAUCCAGCCUGCUUCCCUUGGUGAUCCAGGAACGGUGGUCGUGCAGCAGCCUUCCAUCACAUCCGCACCCACUUCGAUCCUCAGCCGUGACCUCACAACCAUCUUUUCCCCCUACACCGGAACGACUCGUAUCACCACCACCAUUUUGGUCAGCAUCAGUGGCGACCCGACUCUGCCUGGUACGGUCAUUGUCUACGUGCCUCUCACAGAGACGAGCAGUUCCGUUGCUGCGCCCACAAUCACCAGCGGUAUCUCGUACAUUACUCUCAUUACAGGCGUUCCUGGCACCUUCAUCGGCACCCAGACGACCACCCUGCCCGCUGGACCUGGCGGAUCUGCCACCGUCCUCCUCCAGACGGCCCUUCCUCUUGCCACCUCCAGCCCAAGCGUUACUGUAUCGUACACGACAAUCGUCACGGGCAUCAUCGGCACCUUUGCUGGUCUUCAGACAUCCACUCUUCCAGCAGGGCCCGAUGGACUCGCAACGGUUCUCGUCCAGAGCGCCAUUCCGUCUGCCAGUGUUUCCUUCACCACGCUUCUGACUGGAGUUCCUGGCACGUUCCUCGGAACCCAAGCGACGACCUUGCCCGUGGGCACAAACGGCAUUGCAACCGUCCUUCUACAAACUGCUCUGCCGACCGCAAGCCCGGUCUCGUACACCACAAUCUUCUCUGGUGUCCCCGGCACUUUCACAGGAUCGCAAACCACCACGUUGCCCGCCGGCCCCGACGGUCUCGCUACCGUCGUCGUGCAGAGCGCCCUCCCCACGACGGGCGUCUCUUACACGACGCUCUUUACCGGCGUACCCGGCACAUUCAUCGGGGUUCAGACGACCACGUUGCCUGCCGGCCCAGGAGGGUUGGUCACCGUGCUUGUCCAGAGCGCGAUUCCAACGGCGAGUGCUUCAUACACGACUUUGCUCACCGGCAUCCCUGGAACUUUCCUGGGCUCGCAAACGAGCACUCUUCCGGUUGGACCUGACGGAGUUGCUACUGUGAUUAUCCAAACCGCGCUACCUACCGCCAGUCCGACAUCGUUCACCACCUUAUUCAGCGGCAUCCCGGGCACUUUCAUUGGACCUCAGACGAGCACAUUGCCUGUUGGAUCCAAUGGCAUCGCCACGGUGGUUAUCCAGACUGCUCUGCCCACAGGCAUCCCAACGUCGUACACGACUCUGUUCUCUGGCAUUCCUGGCACGUUUAUCGCGCCUCUGACGACAACUUUGCCUGCUGGAACCGACGGCAUCGCGACUGUGAUCAUCCAAACCGCUUUGCCAACAGCCAGUCCUCUCUCAUAUACCACGGUAUUCAGCGGAAUCCCCGGCACUUUCUUGGGUGCUCAGACGACUACCCUUCCCGCUGGCUCUGGUGGCCUGGCAACUGUUCUCAUUCAGACAGCUUUGCCAACGUCAAGCCCUCUGUCGUACACGACGGUGCUCACGGGUGUUCCAGGAACUUUCCUCGGUGCGCAGACUUCUACACUCCCCGCGGGUACCAACGGAAUCGCGACUGUGGUCAUCCAGACUGCUCUCCCGACAGCCAGCCCUGUGUCAUACACGACUCGCUUCACGGGAAUUCCAGGUACUUUCUUGGGUUCACAGACGUCCACACUUCCUGCUGGCGCCGACGGUCUCGCAACUGUCAUCAUCCAGACGGCCCUCCCAACCGGCAGCCCAGUCUCGUACACCACGUUGUUCACUGGCGUUCCGGGCACGUUCCUUGGCUCACAGACGACUACGUUGCCUGCUGGCCUCGAUGGGCUCGCGACGGUCAUUGUGCAGACCGCCCUCCCCACAGCAAGCCCCGUCUCGUACACCACCUUGCUCACAGGGAUACCAGGAACUUUCUUGGGUGCGCAGACAACCACUUUGCCAGCCGGCCCCGAUGGUCUCGCCACGGUCAUCAUCCAGACUGCCGUUCCCACAGUUCAACCCGCGUCCUAUGUCACGAUUGUCACGGGCAUUCCGGGCACCUUCACCGGCACCUUGGCCUCGACACUUCCCGCGGGAACCAACGGCGUUGGCACCGUCAUCCUCCAGACCGCUGUUCCCACGCCGACUUCGAGCAGCGCUGGUGUCACUUACACGACGAUCUUGACUGGAGUCCCUGGCAUCUUCACAGGCACCCAGACGACUACCCUGCCCAUCGUCACCGGAACUGUUGGCACCGUUCUCUUGGAGACCGCACUCGCAACUCCAAGCCCGGUCCUCUCCUACGUCACCUUGUUGACUGGUAUUCCGGGAACUUUCAUCGGCACGCAGGCGACUACGCUGCCCAUCGGCACCGGCAGCAUCGGAACAGUUCUCUUGCAGACCGCUCUCCCUUCUGCCACGUCGUCACCUACCAGCAGCAUCAGCAUCACGUACAUCACCAUUGUCACCGGUAUCUUGGGCAGCUUCACCGGCACUCAGACGAGCACCCUGCCCAUCCCGUCCAUCGGCAUCGGCAUCGGCAUCACGGCGACCGUCGUCCUGCAGACCGCCAUUCCCACAUCGGCAGUACAAUCGUACACGACCAUCGUAUCCGGCGUCCCCGGCAGCUUCACCGGCACACAGACCACGACCCUCCCUGGUAUCGGUCUCGAUGGCUUGGCUACCGUGGUUCUCCAAACUGCCCUUCCCGCAGUCACCUCGUACACGACCCUCGUUACGGGCGUUCCGGGAUCCUUCACUGGUACCCAGACAACAACUUUGCCGGGCAUUGGAACCAACGGUCUCGGCACCGUCGUCCUGCAGACGGCUCUUCCCACAACUUCUGCCGUCUCGUACACAACCAUCUUCAGUGGCAUAUUUGGCACGUUUACCGGAACUCAGACGACCACAUUGCCUGGAAUCGGCACCAACGGUCUUGGUACUGUUGUCUUGCAAACGGCUGUCCCCUCGACGACUGCCGCAUCCUACACCACAAUCAUCACGGGCAUCCCAGGCACAUUCAUCGGCACGCAGACUUCCACACUUCCUGGAACUGGUGUCAAUGGCCUUGGAACAGUCGUCCUCCAGACUGCUCUGCCCGCUGCCACCUCGUACACCACGAUCUUCAGUGGAAUCGUUGGAACCUUUACGGGAACCCAGACAACCACCCUACCUGGCACUGGUAUCAAUGGCCUCGGAACGGUUGUCCUCCAGACAGCUUUACCCGCUGCCACAUCGUAUACCACAAUCUUCAGCGGAAUCGUUGGGACGUUCACUGGAACCCAGACAACCACCUUACCUGGUACUGGCAUCGAUGGUCUCGGAACUGUCGUUCUGCAAACUCCCAUUCCCACCACGAGUCUGUCGUACACCACCUUGGUCACCGGCAUCGCUGGAAGCUUCCUCGGCACCCAGACGACCACUCUGCCUGUCGUCGGCACCGGCAACGUGGCCACCGUUCUUCUCCAGACUGCUCUCCCGAGCGUCUCUUACACGACAGUUCUCACAGGCAUCCCUGGCACAUUUAUCGGAACGCAGACCAGCACUUUGCCUGUUGUCGGCACCAAUGGUCUGGCGACGGUCGUGCUCCAGACUGCACUUCCCUCCAUCUCCUACACGACGCUCCUCACAGGAAUCCCCGGCAACUUUGCUGGAUCUCAGACGACCACUCUCCCAGUUGUCGGCACGGGCAACAUCGCGACCGUUCUCAUUCAGACUGCUCUGCCAUCGGUCAGCAGCACGUCUUCAAGUUCGUCGGUUAUCGUGAUCAACACGUCCUACGUCACCAUUGUUACGGGCAUCUUUGGCACGUUCUCAGGCACCCAGACCACCACUUUGCCGGCCGCCGCCACGGCUCCCGGACUCGUCACCGUCGUCCUCCAGACGGCCAUCCCCAGCCCCGGCACGACCUCGUAUACCACGAUCCUUACCGGAGUCACUGGAACGAGCUUCCCUGGAACGAGAGCAACGACCCUGCCGGUCAUCGGCACGCUUGGAACAGUCUUGUUGGAGACGGCCAUUCCAGAUGUCCCGACAACCUCCUACACGACAAUCCUCACUGGCAUUGCCGGCGAGACCUUUGUCGGCACCCGGGCCACCACUCUUCCUGUUGUUGGAAGUGUCGGAACCGUCUUGUUGGAGACUGCCAUCCCGGCCGCCACCUCGUACAUCACGAUUCCCACGGGAGUCGCAGGCGCCACGUUCACCGGCAUACAACUGUCCACUUUGCCUGUCACGGGAACCAUCGGUACCGUCCUUCAACAGACAGCUCUUCCGGCUGUUACUUCGUACAUUACUAUUCCUACGGGAGUCGUUGGCGCCACCUUCACCGGUAUCCAGCUUUCGACGCUGCCGGUUACUGGCACCAUUGGUACUGUGCUUCAACAGACGGCUCUUCCGGCCGCCACUUCUUACAUCACAGUCCCGACAGGAAUUUUGGGAGCUACAUUCCUCGGAACGCAGCUUUCCACCCUUCCUGUCACCGGCACUAUUGGCACCGUCCUCCAACAAACCGCCAUCCCGCUUGUCACUUCGUACGUCACGAUCCCAACAGGAGUCUUGGGAGCUACAUUCCUCGGAACGCAGCUUUCUACUUUACCAGUCACUGGAACGAUAGGUACUGUCCUCCAGCAGACAGCUAUUCCCAACCCAGUCACAUCUUAUGUUACAAUUCCCACGGGAGUUUUGGGAGCUUCAUUCCUCGGAACGCAGUUGUCCACCUUGCCCGUGACGGGCACUAUCGGGACGGUUCUGCAACAAACGGCUAUUCCCAACCCGGUCACGUCAUAUAUCACGAUUCCCACGGGGGUUUUGGGAGCCACAUUCCUCGGAACGCAGUUGUCUACCUUGCCUGUUACCGGUACCGUUGGGACGGUUCUGCAACAGACUGCCAUCCCCAACCCCGUCACCUCCUACAUCACGAUUCCCACAGGCGUUCUCGGGGCCACAUUCCUCGGGACUCAAUUGUCGACCUUGCCAGUCACUGGUACGAUCGGCACGGUGCUUCAGCAGACUGCCAUUCCCAACCCGGUCACGUCAUAUAUCACGAUUCCUACUGGAGUUCUCGGAGCCACGUUCCUCGGCACCCAGCUCUCAACUCUCCCGGUUACAGGCACCGUCGGAACCGUUCUUCAGCAGACCGCAAUUCCCAACCCGGUUACUUCGUACAUUACCAUCCCAACUGGCAUCCUUGGAGCCACGUUCCUCGGAACUCAGCUCUCGACGCUGCCAGUCACAGGCACGCUUGGAACGGUCCUUCAACAGACUGCCAUUCCCAACCCGGUUACUUCGUACAUUACUAUCCCAACUGGCAUCCUUGGAGCCACGUUCCUCGGAACUCAACUCUCAACGCUGCCGGUCACGGGCACGCUUGGAACGGUUCUUCAGCAGACCGCAAUUCCCAACCCGGUCACCUCGUACACCACAGUGGUCACCGGCGUCUCUGGCACCUUUGCUGGUACGCAGACAACGACCCUCCCGGUCACCGGAACCAUUGGGACCGUUCUGUUGGAGACCGCUGUGCCACCGGCAGCCGUCACCUCGUACACGACAAUCUUCACCGGUAUCACGGGCACUUUCAGCGGCGUCCAGACAACAACGCCUCCUUUCACCGGCUCCAUUGGCACCGUCUUGAUUCAAACGGCCUUGCCCGCCGCCCCGGUGACUUCCUACACAACGAUUCUCACUGGUAUUCCAGGAAACUUUGCCGGCCUCCAGACAACCACUUUGCCAUUCACUGGCACCAUUGGAACCGUCCUGGUCCAAUCGGCUCUCCCCGCUGCAACGUCGUACACGACGAUCCCAACAGGUAUCGCCGGCACGUUCCUCGGCACCUCCACCAUCACCCUCCCAGCUACUGGCACCUUGGGCACCGUUUUAUUGCAGACUGCCAUUCCUACCAUUUCGACGUCGUAUGUCACCGUCGUCACUGGCAUCACUGGGACCUUCGCCGGCACCCAGACUUCCACCUUGCCAGCUACCGGAACCAUUGGCACGGUACUCCUCCAGACUGCCAUUCCCCCUUUGUCUACGGGAUACACCACGAUCUUGUCCGGGAUCGUUGGCACUUUCACUGGCACCCAGACCACGACACUUCCAGUCACCGGAACCCUUGGCACUGUCGUCCUUCAGACGGCCGUACCGCCAGCCACGUCCUACACGACCAUCGUCACCGGCGUCUUUGGAACCUUCCUUGGAACCUCGGCAACCACCUUGCCGGCAACUGGGACUAUCGGUACGGUCCUCCUCCAGACCGCAAUUCCGAUUUCCUACACGACCCUCCUCACUGGAGUCGCAGGCAACUUCCUCGGUACCCAGACGUCGACCAUUCCCGCCGUUGGUGGUCUCGGAACUGUUCUGCUCCAGACCGCUCUGCCCACUGGUUAUCUCACCGUUACCAGCGGAAUCACCGGCAGCUUCACUGGCACUCAGACAACCACCUUGCCGGCCGUCGGAGGUGGUCUCGGAACCGUGGUACUCCAGACUGCUAUUCCCAGCUCGGUCAUCGUUUCUUACACGACUAUCAUUACUGGCGUCAUUGGAACUUUCACUGGUACCUCGGUGACCACCCUCCCAGCCACCGGAAGCGUUGGCACCGUCUUGUUGGAGACGGCCAUCCCGCCCAUCUCCUACAUCACCGUCACCAGUGGUGUAGUUGGCAGCUUCACCGGGACCCAGACCGUUACCCUUCCAACAACAGGAGCCGGCCAGAGCAUUGGCACUGUCGUUCUCCAAACCGCGGUCCCCGCCAUCUCGUAUGUCACCAUUCCGACUGGCGUCACUGGCACGUUCACAGGCACUUCCACAGUCACCUUGCCUACUACCGGCCCAGGCCAGACAGUGGGCACCGUCCUUCUGCAGACUGCUCUCCCAGUCAUUUCCUACGUGACGAUUCCCACUGGCGCAACGGGAACCUUCACAGGAACCCGCCUCAGCACCCUUCCAGUCACCGGUUCUGUCGGUACUGUGCUCGCUCAGACCGCCCUCCCGGUUAUCUCGUACGUCACGAUUCCCACGGGAGUCACGGGAACUUUCACCGGCACGCAAACAACCACGCUGCCGAUUACGGGAUCCAUUGGUACUGUGCUCUUGGCAACCGCGUUGCCAGUCAUCUCUUAUAUCACGAUUCCAACUGGCAUUACUGGAACUUUUGCGGGCACGCAACUAUCGACUCUGCCUGUUUCCGGCACUAUUGGAACCGUCCUGGCACAGACUGCCCUGCCUUCCAUCUCGUACAUCACUAUCCCGACCGGGGUCACGGGAACUUUUGCCGGUACCCAACUUUCAACUCUGCCAGUCUCUGGUACAAUUGGAACCGUUCUUGCUCAGACCGCUCUUCCCCCCAUCUCGUACGUGACUAUCCCGACUGGGGUCACAGGAACUUUCGCUGGCACUCAAUUGUCAACUUUACCGGUUACAGGCACUAUCGGGACUGUCCUUGCCCAGACUGCUCUCCCUUCCGUGUCAUAUCUCACCAUUCCUACUGGCGUUACUGGAACGUUUACAGGUACCCAACUGUCAACUUUGCCCGUUUCUGGAACAAUCGGAACUGUUCUGGCACAGACCGCUCUCCCAGUCAUCUCCUACAUCACCGUCCCGACAGGAGUCACUGGCACUUUCACUGGCACCCAAUUCUCAACAUUGCCAGCCGUUGGAAGUGUGGCCACAGUUUUGGCGCAGACAGCCCUUCCAAUUAUCUCGUACGUCACUGUUCCAACAGGAGUCACUGGCACUUUCACUGGCACCCAAUUCUCAACAUUGCCAGCCGUUGGAAGUGUGGCCACAGUUUUGGCACAGACCGCUCUUCCAGUUAUCUCGUAUACUACCGUCCCGACCGGGGUUACCGGCACCUUUACCGGCACACGUUUGUCUACGUUACCGGCCGUUGGAAGCGUGGCUACAGUCCUGGCGCAGACAGCCCUUCCAGUUAUCUCGUACGUCACUGUUCCAACAGGACUCACAGGCACCUUCACCGGCACGCAAUUCUCAACCCUCCCGGCCGUUGGCAGCGUUGCCACAGUCCUUGCCCAGACUGCCUUGCCCGUGGUAUCCUACGUCACGGUGCCCACAGGAGUCACCGGCACCUUCACUGGCACGCAAUUCUCGACUUUGCCAGCCGUUGGAAGCGUUGCUACUGUUCUUGCUCAGACCGCUUUGCCCGUUAUUUCCUAUAUUACGGUGCCUACAGGCGUCACUGGCACCUUUACGGGAACUCAGUUUUCAACCUUGCCGGCAGUCGGAAGCGUGGCUACGGUUCUUGCCCAGACUGCCUUGCCCGUCGUUUCCUACGUUACUGUUCCUACGGGUGUCACUGGUACCUUUACUGGAACACAGCUAUCUACCCUUCCCGCCGUCGGAAGCGUCGCCACGGUUCUCGCUCAAACUGCCUUGCCCGUAUUAUCAUACGUCACCGUACCCACGGGAGUCACCGGUACCUUCACGGGAACGCAACUGUCCACCUUACCCGCCGUUGGCAGCUUGGUCACGGUACUCGCACAAACCGCUUUGCCGCAGAUCUUCUACACGACGGUUCCCUCCGGCGUCCCGGGCUCCUUUGCCGGGACUUCGUUGGUCACCCUCUCCGGCACUGGAGCCACUAGGACAGUCGUGGCACAGACUGCCAUUCCGUACACGACAGUUGUCACCGGAGUUUCUGGAACCUUUACGGGAACCUCACUCUCUACCAUCGGAAACACGGUUCUCGCGCAGACAGCCUUGCCGCAAAUCUUCUAUACGACCAUCCCAUCAGGCGUGCCAGGCACCUUUGCUGGAACGUCUUUGGUCACUCUCACGGGCACUGGACCUACUCAGACAGUCGUUGCUCAGACGGCCAUCCCUUACACGACAGUCGUCACGGGAGUCACUGGAACCUUUACCGGAACCUCACUCAGCACCAUUGGAAACACGGUUCUCGCUCAAACAGCUCUGCCGCAAAUCUUCUACACCACGGUACCUUCGGGCAUCCCGGGCACAUUUGCCGGCACCUCUCUCACUACCCUCGCGGGUACCGGAGCAACGAGAACGGUUCUCGCUCAAACCGCCGUGCCGUACACCACAAUUCUUACGGGCGUCUCGGGCACCUUCACUGGCACUUCAGUCACGACGAUUGGCAACACGGUCGUCCAGCAGACCGCGCUCCCCACAAGCACAUCGUAUACCACGAUCCUCACGGGUGUCACUGGCACCUUUACCGGUACGCGGGCUACAACUAUUGGAAACACGGUAGUGCAACAAACGGCGCUCGUCUCGGCAAGUCGCGUCGUCACCAGCUCAUACCAACCCUCCGGCUGCGUACCGACGCCCACCGCCGCCUCUGCCCCGUCUUGUGUACCAUCUGCGGUCACUUUGCCGUCCCCCUGCGCCACUCUCACGGGCAUCCUCCUGGCAUCGUACUCCCAGGCGACACUUAAUGGCUGUAGUGCAGCCUUGGGUGCAACUGCCAACAUCGCAGGCGUUAACGACUGUCUCAACUUGACAACGAUUGGUCUUCUCGGCAGCGUAUUGGGAUACAACUCUGCCAGAUGCGUCCAGUCUGCCCUGACGGGCAAGUGUCUCACCAGACUUCCGACGGUGUGCGCCAACCUCGCGGCAUCCAGCCAGACCGUUGCCACCGUCCAAGCCAACGCCGGUCUCUGUCUCGCCAACCUUGGAGUCUUUGGUACCAUCACGACAGCCGGCAACUGCGUCGCUUCGAGCUUCAUCAACCAAGGCGGGACGGCUGUCCUCGGCUGUUUCGAAAGUGCACUCGGAUUGCCAGUCGGUCAAACGGUCGCCAAUUUGGCGACUACAGUGUUAUGUCCUUCCGGCACAGCUUGUGCAAGGGCUCCAGCAGCCUGCGGCAAUCUUUUGGAUAUCACGCUCUCCACGUCUGAUAUACAGGCCAAUCUCAACCUCUGUCAGGCAGGCCUGGUCGUCAGCGCCCUGGGGUCGACGGUAUCGAACCUGGCAACCGGCUUGGGCUGUACGCUCGGCAGCGUUACCGGCCUUGUGGGCAGUCUACUCGGAGCACAAACACAGUCGUACGCGCAGUGUAUCCAGAACCAGCUGGCCUCGCAGUGUAUCACGUCGUUACCCCAGAGCUGUGUCAGCCUGGGAGUCGACGCGACUGGCGGCGUGGCAGCAACGGUCAGCGCACCAAACCUCAUCUCCUGUGUAACUUCGCUCGGCCUCUUGUCGAAUGGCAUCGCCUCGGAUUGUUUGAACCUGUCCUUGACGGGCCCCAACAUUGUGGCUUGCCUGAACCUGCGCCUCUUUGGCGUUGCCACAGUAACCGUGGCCGCCAAAUAG